AACUAGAAGAAAAGAAAGAUGGCGGAGAAGAAAUCUUCGUAUCCUUCCUCCGAUACGGGAGGAGUGAAACCUAUGAGCAUCGAAGGCUAUUUUAACACAGAAAGAAGAAGAUUAGUUGAAAAUUAUACGGACGAGGAACGCGAGUGGAGAAAGAAAUGGCUGAAAGAUCAGGAAUUGUCUGCAAACGAACCUCGUCGUGUACACGAGUUGGAACUUGAACUCAGGAAUCCCAUUCGUCGUUUUUAUCGCAAACCCUGGGAUAUGAUUUACGAAAAACUUGUUCCCGUCACGGAUUGGACCCGCCACAAUGGAUGGGCUCUAAGAACAAGUAAACAGGCAAUUCUGCCGGGUGAUCCCAAUUAUCCUCUGCCUACAGAUCGACCUAAUCCUGCUGAUUAUUCCAAUCGUGGUUUUAAGGAGAGAAAAGUAUUUCUUGAUUAAGAUUUUUGAAUUUGCAUUCAUUAAUUAAAUGCAAAUAGUCAAAGUUUCUUAGAAUCUGUGUACAAAGUAUUCUAGAAUAAAUAUUUAAGAAAUUUAGGUGAAUUGAUAAAAGUAUCAUUAAAAUGUUCAUUAAAAUAAUUUGUAGAUAAUGGCUUAUUUUUGGUACUAGAAUGUUGUAGAAAUAUUACUAAUACUGUGGAAUUCCACCUAGUAUUAUUUUCACAUAAUGCUAUGUGAUUCAAGUAACAUGAACAAAUUCUUAAUUUAACUACUUAUGAACAUCUGUUAUUACUGGUGAAGCAUUAGUACACAUAGAUGGGUGGGUGGUCUUGCAUAUUGUCAGCCUAGUUCACAAACUUUGUAUCACCAAGUUACAUAUUUUAGAUUAUUGUACCAACAUAAUAAAAAUGGCACAACACAUAUGUGGUCACAAAACUCAUGUUAGCAAUAAAAUUUAAAUAACUGUACAUGCCAAAUACUAUUAGACACUUGUAUGACUUGCCUUUUUCUAUUGGCAUUAUAGAAACAUUUAUUUUGCAAGUACUUUCAACAGUAUAUAAUUGUCUUCUUCAGGCAAAAUUGUUCAUUGAGAACAGAACAUAAAAGUAAUGAAAAAACAUUACUAGCUAUUCAUAUUCUAUCUUACAUGCAUGGAAUUUGUCUACAAUGUACAUAAAGAAGGGUCUCCCUCCUUUACGUAUUUGCUAAGUUUUCAAGAAAUUUGGCUAUAACACCCCAGCCCAUGUUGCAUAGGAUCCUUUUUUUCAUAGAGUGCAAUCUUGUUUCUAUUGUUGCAAUCUGGAGUAUAUGCUAUAUCCUUACAAAAUCUGCUAACUGGGUCAAAACUAUUAUACUGUAUAUUGGAACCACUACUAGAAUGCUCUGCCUCCAUCUUGCAGAGCAUUGUGAUUAUGAUGAUGUACAGUACAUAACAAACAUACAACAGAACUAGCUAAAACAGUGAUACAUAGUAACUUUGAGCCUCUGUUUGCAAACUUUGCUUGUAAAAUGCUAUGAGGAUCGAAGAACAUUGUUCAUAUCAAUCCAUCAGUGUCUCCAUGCAACUCUCCCAUCCUAGAUAUAAUGGAGCUGUGGAUAGUACUGUUUAACCUUCUAAAAUUGAAAGUCAUGAUUGACGAUAAAACACCUUGCAACAUCAUUGGCACUGCUAUGUAUUUAUAUUU